CAAAUAGUUGCAGGAAUCUUUCUCAUAUCUAUUGGCAUUCCUAUGACAAUAGUCAGCACUGGAAUGAUUGCCCUUUUACUUGUGUUAAUUAGCUAUAUCCCGUUUUGGUCUGGAAUUUUGUUUAUUAUUUCUGGAUCACUGUCAGUGGCUGCUUCCAUGAAACCAACCUUGGGAAAGGUACAGGCAAGCUUGGUGAUGAACAUCUUCAGCUCUCUGGUUGCAAUUAGUGGAAUGAUACUUGCUGCUCUAGAUCUUAGUUUUUUGGGAGUAUUUUUUGCCCCAUACGUCCUGCGGCAGUCAUAUUGUGCACAUUAUAAAAGUGAUACCCAGAAGCAAUGCCUGGGAGCCUUCAUACCCAUGCCUGUUUAUAAUGGUGUUGCUGCAUUUUUUUUAAUGCUUUUUACGCUGAUCUUUUGCAUUACCAUAUCCACAAGUAUGUUUGCAUGCAGAACUGCCUGCCGAUCCUCUUUUCAUGAAAAUAUUGUAGUCAUCUAUCAAACCACAUCUUUGAACGUAUCUGAUGCAAACAGAGAUGUUCCUCUUGACUCCACAGCAGCCUUGACGUCUGACUUAAAGGCACAGACAUGAAGUCAUUUGUUUAUGUAAUAUACCGUAACCACUGCAAGAAGAAUACAUUAAAAGGGGUUGUGCCUCAAAUAUAAUUGUAUCUCGCCCAACAAAUAUAAUUGUAUCCCGCUGUUAUAUCGAUUGCCUCAAAUACUGCCAUUUAUUAAAACUGCCUUAUUCUAAA